GGAGGGGAGGUAUGGCGGAAAGAAAAAUAAAAAAUAAAAAUAAAACCUUGCCAGCUUUACUUUUGUCCUCCCAGCCAUCAGAAAGAGAAGACAGCAAUCGGCUCCGAUACAUACUGUUAAAAAUCCGCUAAGAAUCUGAAGGGAAACGCGGCCGUAUUGAGGUCAGAGGAAAGCGUUGCCAGGGUGACACCACGGCGGCGAGAGCGCGCCUGCCUGCGAGGCUGCGCUCGGUCGCGGCAUCCCCCAGCAGCAGCUGCAGCAGCAGCAUCCUCCUCCUACAACUACCGGAGCACAGCAAACUGAGCGUCCGCCGAGAUGAGCUCCGUCAAACCGACGCCUUCAGCCGGUGCUCCUCUCUGAAGGGAAUCUACCGUGGAUUUACCGCUGAUGAUUGAAUACAGGGGGAGUUAUAACCGCAGACAGAUCGGCUGAGACCACUGCUGAGCUCAGGUGAUACUUCAUACACAGAGGCAGUGUUAAUACAUAUAAUAAUAAUGGAGUUUUUUUAGCUGCCAAACCAUGCAUCCUGCUCCCUGAUCAACGUGGCAGUUUAAAGAUUUAUACACGGAUCCACUGAGGACCGAGCCGAGCCAAACCGGGCUUGUCUGCUCUGCUCAGAUCUGUUCUACCUAUAUAAGGCUGCAGAGACCCUUUAAAUUCUGUUUUUACCAUGGGGUCCCACUUGCAGCUGGGUUGAGAAAAGAAGUGCAGCCCAGUGAUUGCUUUUUUAGUUGAUUUCCUUUUUUGGUCUUGUUUUUUUUUUUUUUUUUUUUUUGGAACAAGCACUUUUUUGGCUGUUUGACACUUUUUGGUGGAAGACAAGGAGAAGGAGGAAGAGGAGCACUCUGUACCUGCAGCAGCGGAUCACAGAUUAACAGUGACUGCAAAACCUGAGAAAACAACUCUGGAGGCCAACCCAUUCAAGAAUAGCUGGACAAGCCUGCACACAAGCCAACUUUAAAGGAUCCUUCAUCAAUCCAAUUAUCCGGGCAAUGGGAGAAGGAUAGGUAUGGAACGUAACAGAACCAUGCCUGGAGAAGUGUUUUGGAUAGCCUCUAAUCAGAAUCGCCACUGACCUGGAUCUCAAACUACGGGCCAGCACCUUUUCCCCGGCACCCUGUCUUGACUUCUGCCUGGUGUUGACUGAAGAGUUUGUCUGAUUUUGGUGUUUUAUCUUGUUAGGGUUUACCCUCUUCACUACUGGUUCGAACUGACAGAACAGACUAGAAGUGGGCGGCUGAGCACUUUGACUCCAGCCAUGUACACCCUUCAUCUAACUCUUCGUAAACAGAGUCGGCAGGGUUUGUUGUACAAGACAAGGCCCUUGAGAUUCAUGACAGACUGCUGCCUCAUGACUGUGCUGGGCCUUGUCCUGUUUAUCAGUCUGGCCUCGUGCCAGAGAAUGGAUCCUUCUAAGCAUCCCAUAGUCAGUACCAACUAUGGCAAGCUCAGAGGCAUCAAGAAGGACUUGAACAAUGAGAUUUUAGGACCUGUGGAGCAGUACCUUGGAGUGCCCUAUGCCACAGCACCCAUCGGAGACCGACGGUUUCAGCCGCCAGAAGCCCCGGGAUCCUGGCAGGAGAUCCGCAACGCCACGCAGUUUGCACCCGUUUGCCCUCAGAACGUCCACGGGGUGCUGCCAGAGAUAAUGCUUCCGGUUUGGUUCACGGAUAACCUGGACGUGGCGGCGGGAUACAUCCAGAACCAGAGCGAGGACUGCCUCUACCUCAACAUCUAUGUGCCCACAGAGGAUGGUCCGCUCACAAAAAAAACUGAUGAAUCUUCAAUGAACAAGCCUCGAGACGAAGAUAUUCGUGAUCGCAGAAAGAAGCCCGUUAUGCUGUUUAUUCACGGAGGCUCCUACAUGGAAGGCACCGGAAACAUGUUUGAUGCCAGCGUCCUUGCCGCCUACGGCAACGUGAUCGUGGUCACCAUGAACUACCGACUGGGUGUGCUCGGUUUCCUCAGCACUGGGGAUCAGUCAGCUAAAGGGAACUAUGGGCUGUUGGACCAGAUUCAGGCUCUGCGUUGGCUCAACGAGAACAUCGGUCACUUUGGCGGAGACCCAGAGAGGAUCACCAUUUUUGGAUCUGGAGCAGGGGCCUCCUGUGUGAAUCUUCUCAUCCUGUCUCACCACUCUGAGGGUCUGUUUCAAAGGGCCAUUGCUCAGAGCGGCACGGCCAUUUCCAGCUGGUCCGUCAACUACCAGCCCCUGAAAUACACCAAGAUCCUGGCCCGGAAGGUGGGCUGCACCUACUCAGAGACUGCCGACCUCGUGGACUGCCUAAGGCGAAAGACCUUUAGGGAGCUAGUGGACCAGGACAUCCAACCAGCCCGCUACCACAUCGCCUUUGGCCCCGUGGUGGACGGAGAUGUGGUGCCGGACGAUCCGGAGAUCCUCAUGCAGCAGGGGGAGUUCCUCAACUACGACAUCCUCAUAGGAGUGAACCAGGGAGAGGGACUGAAAUUUGUGGAUGACAGUGAGGACAAUGAUGGCAUCUCUGCUGCAGCGUUCGACUACACAAUCUCUAACUUUGUGGACAACCUCUACGGAUAUCCUGAAGACAAAGACAUCCUGAGGGAAACUAUUAAGUUCAUGUACACAGACUGGGCCGACAGGGACAAUGGUGACAUGAGAAGAAAGACUUUGUUAGCUUUGUUCACAGACCACCAGUGGGUGGCGCCUGCCGUGGCCACUGCCAAACUUCACGCUGAGUUCCAGUCCCCUGUUUAUUUCUACACAUUUUACCACCACUGCCAGACAGAGACGCGACCUGAAUGGGCCGAUGCCGCCCAUGGAGAUGAGAUACCGUACGUAUUCGGCGUGCCGAUGAUCGGUGCCACAGACCUGUUUCCAUGCAACUUCUCGAAGAAUGACGUGAUGCUGAGCGCUGUGGUCAUGACUUACUGGACUAACUUUGCCAAAACUGGCGAUCCAAACCUCCCAGUCCCUCAGGACACCAAGUUUAUUCACACCAAACCCAAUCGCUUUGAAGAGGUAAUCUGGACAAAGUUCAACCCAAAGGACAAGCAGUAUCUUCAUAUCGGCUUAAAACCUCGAGUUAGGGACAACUACAGAGCAAACAAGGUGGCCUUCUGGCUGGAACUUGUCCCCCAUCUUCAUAGCCUACAUGAGAUCUUCCCAACUACAACCCGAUCACCAUCUGGCCCUGGUCCAGGCCCUGGCACCAUCAGACCCUGGCCAAGAACUCCAGGUCCUCGAACCACUCGCCACCCCUACCCAACCUUCCCCUCCGAACCUGAGCCUGAGGGCUCGGAGCGUCCACACCAGGACCUUUUUCCUGGAGACCCCCGUGAUUACUCCACUGAGCUGAGUGUCACAGUUGCUGUGGGAGCCUCCCUCCUCUUUCUCAACAUCCUGGCAUUUGCCGCCCUUUACUACAAACGCGACAAGCGACACGAGAUGCGACGGCACCGACUGUCUCCUCAGCGUGGUGUAGCCGCCAAUGACCUCGCUCACAGCCAGGAGGAGGAGAUCAUGUCCCUGCAAAUGAAACACUCAGAGCACGAUGCCCACCACGACCUGGAGCCCCUUCGGCCGCACGACAUCCUGCGACCCGCCUGUCCACCCGACUACACGCUGGCUCUGCGUCGGGCUCCGGAUGAUGUGCCGCUAAUGACGCCUAACACCAUCACCAUGAUCCCAAGCACCAUCACCAGCAUGCAGCCUCUCCAUGCCUUCAACACCUUCCCCUCCACUGGCCACAACAACACCCUGCCCCACCCCCACUCCACCACCAGGGUAUAGUAGGGACUGGCCCAAACAGAGCCACCUAAGGACAGGGAGUACUGGACCUCCUACUGAUCUACAAGGAAGGUCUCUGGAUGAGGGCCUCCAUUCUGUUCUUACAUUCUCUUGUUUCUCUAAAAGGAACUCCACCUCCUCCAUCAUGUGCUGUACAGCUUAGCAGGAGACAUAAUGAACUAAAAUGAACUGCUUUGGAGCAGAUGAUCAGCUUGGAGGCAACGUCGAUCUUUCAGACAUGCCGUUUUCCAGGAGGGUGCACAGUUUCCGGUCUAAAGAAAUUUUCAAAGGGAAAAGCGCUUUUGGACCUUGAUGUUUUCUCUUUUUUACUUUGGUGUCAGCUUCUACUGUCUUCUAAAGUGUUGUGUGAAUUUUCUUAUUUGUUUCUUUUCUACAUCUGUGUCUUAUUUACAGCUCAUUUGACUUGUGAUUCUCUUCUCUUUAGGGUGCUCCUUUGCUUUUAGGAGCGACAGUGUACUGAAAUGUCAGAAGAAACGUCAUUUCAGUCCACCAAUACGGUUUGUGCCAAGUGUUUUUUUUGCUUUCUGAUCAAGGUUGAAAUGAAUUUUAUCCCGUCAGCUAACACAGGUUAUAUGUUCUCAUGACCAAGUGCCAAACUGGCCUUUGAUUGUGGUUUUCUUUCAUACAUCUUGUUUAUUUUUUUUUUGUUGUUGUUUAGGUGUUUUAUUGUGGAAAGAUUUUUGCUGACAAUAUAGAUACAGAAAAAUGAUAUUAUAUAUAGUUCUAUAUAAACGUGUACAAAGGAGAAAGAAUAUAAAGGGGUUUUCUCAAUGGGGAUCUAUGCAUGAAUUAUUUUUUAAAAAGAGUAACGUGGGAAAAGGAUGAAGAAUCUGUCAAUGCACGUUUUCCCAAUUCUAAACAAACCAUAUUGGUCCAUAUGAAAUAUUUCUCAUCUCAUAAAAUUCUCUCGUAAAUUCCUGAAAAAUCAUUAAAGCACUGGCUCCUUUCUGAAUUCAUUAACAAAAUGAGACGUUGCCACAAAUCACAGAUAAUCCAACAGUUUUUGCAAAAUAAAACUCAUCACACCCAUUUUAUUCUCUUGGUUAGGACAUCAUAAAUUACGUAUUGUGUCACCCUGAGAAGAUGCACAACAACAUCGCUGCUUUUCCUCAUCUUUAUGUGUAUCCAAAUGUGUCGUGUGCACAAAUACAUAACGUGAUCUUCUAUCAUCGAUCAUACAUUUUGUUAUAUGUGUGCCUACAAAGUGGAUGUGUUUAGUUAUAUAAAUGAAAUCAGAACCACUUUACAUUUGCAUGUUGUCCCUCAUUAGCUGGCUAAAGGAGGCAUAAAGGCAAGAAAGCUCAUCUCACCUUAAUAUCUUCCAUAUUUUCACCCUGUUUCCCCUUACUAAAUAUGAUUGACACCCAUAUAUAGCAGUGAUCGCCAAUAUUUUCCUAUCAUUAUGAAUUCCAAAUACUUGCAUCAGUAAUCUCCUCAUGUACGGAUUAGCCUGUGUGGCUGUAAGCACACUGAGGGUAUCUGGCGGGCUUUAACAGCCUGCAGUGCAGAGCUGCAAAGAUGAAGAAGGAGUUUCUCAACAGGGUAAAGGUAACACAGUCGAUGUCUAUUGUUUCUAAUUGUUCUCCUUCUGUUAGUUUAGGAAUAUAUCAUUUUACAGCUCAGCUUUUUGAGAUGAAGAUGUCAAACAUACAUUAUGGGUCAGUUAGCAGAACAGAAACACAUGGUAGCUUACAUGCAGUAUGAGUGACAUGAGUCACGGUUGCUGUCUUUAAACAUGCUUAAGCCUGUUUUUAGUUUUCUUUUUAUAACUCCCUGGUGGUAGGAAAGGGCCGGAAAUGGGAUCACACACCAAGCUUCUCCUGGCAGAGAUUUUAUAAACCCUCUGAACGGUAAAUGUGCACAAUGCAAAUCACAUGAGUGGACUGGAUGCGCAGAUCACGACCCAAUCACAAGACAGGUGGACAUGCUGUGGGCAAGAGGAGGAUGAAGAAAAAGUCACAGUUUAAAAUGAUUAAAUUAGAAUCAGAAAAGAGAACAAACUGAUCAAAAGAAGACAAAACAUUCCUUCUGUCUGCAUUGUUAACCAGAGGCGACCCGCUAAUCUGUUAACAUAUGAACUCUUUUGUACUCACUCCUGUGGACAGAGGAGGUGGUAACAGGUUGUGAAGUCAAUCCAAACUCAGCAGCUGGGAAAGAAAGACAUUUAGCUUGGAUGUGGUGGUCUGUUUUAUAAGUUAACACUAGAGGGCGCCAUUGUUGCAGAUUUCAGAGGGACUGGAACAUGAAAAGGAAUACAGUCCCAGUGGGAGGUUAGUUGGAGAUAUACAAAACAUCUGGAUCAGGAUCAAAACUGUACAUUUUUAAGUGUAAGAAUCAAACAGAUGAAAUAUUUGUAAAUAUUAAGUUUCUUGUUUUAUUUUUCUUUGUCUGUUUGGGUUUUUUGGGUGGAUGAAUGAUAUGCUUCUUUAGUGAUAACAAAAGACAACAGGUGCAGUUUGCAAAUAAAAACAAAUCAAACAAUCAUAUUCGCUCAAAAUCAGCUAGUACAGAACUAGGUUUUUAAACCUUCAAACCUACCAACAUCAUGCAGAUAUCCUGUAGCAUCACGAUUCCUGAAGAAAGUCAAGUGUCAGGAAAGUUUCCGUAGCAGAAUUUCACUGAUGGCCUCACAUGACCUAGGCUCAAAGGUACUGCAGGUAAAACGGUAUAAUUCAAGUCUGUGAAUUCUUUGCAUGACGUUUUGUUAUUUAAGCAAUCUUUCAUCGUUAAGUGUUCCUUUCAUGACCACUUUUAAAGUCGGACAGCACAUACAAAUCUUAUCUUUAUUCACUAUUUUGAUCCAAACCUAAACAGGUUUAACAUGAACAAGUUCAGUGGAAUAUAAAAUAACUUAUCAUGUAGCAGUGUUUCAUGUAGCUGCUUAUUUAUGUGUUGGUCAAAACGUUAGGGCUCUUACACCAUUAGAUGCCUCAUGAGAUCACAGAGGUGGUCCAACUACUUGAUUUCUGUCACUGUGUUGGUUUGCUGUAAUGAAGGUUCCUCCUGCAGUGAUGUGACGCAGCAGAAAGGUUCAUGAAAAAAUGGAAAAUUGUUUCAGAUCCGACCUUAUAUCAGUUCAGAUGUGCAUCAAAUAACAAGCACCCAACACAUAUUGAAGUGAUGCAAACUGAGUCUCCAUAAAUAUUCUGCACCUGUUGUCUUGCUUUUUUAUAUUCUAUGUUGAUUUCAGAAACCCAAGACUUGAGAUGAACGAAUCUGUUAAAUAAUGGAAAAUUUAAAAAAAAAAGAUUUAAAAAAAAGGAAAUUAAAAUCAUAUAAAUAAAUGAGGUGAUGAUAUUUCUGUUACUUUAGAAGUUAUUAUACACUGUAUGCUGUGAUUCUGAUCUGGGAAACAUUAAAGACAUUCAUAGCUGGA